UCGGUUUUUUUUUUCACCGCUGAGGGCGACUAUAUCGUUGUGUGUAUGUCCGUCGUCCGCAUCCCCACAAGUACUUUCUCUCACGUUUUUUCAGUCAAAUUUAGCAAUGAGUAUGGAUUUUAGCAGACAGGACACACAAACGGAUAGUGGGCCUGGGUUUGUCGGCAUUCGUUUCUGUCAAGAAUGCAACAACAUGCUGUACCCAAAGGAAGACAAAGAGAAUAAAGUCCUCCUGUAUGCAUGCCGAAAUUGUGACUACCAACAAGAGGCAACCAACAACUGUGUUUAUGUCAACAAAAUCACCCAUGAAGUAGAUGAGCUAACACAGAUAGUUGCAGAGGUGGUGGCGGACCCCACUCUACCACGGACCCAGGACCAUCCAUGCCCUCAGUGCAAACACAAGGAGUCCGUCUUCUUCCAGUCUCAGACAAACAGGGCAGAGGAGGGAAUGAGGCUCUACUAUGUGUGCACAUCACCAAAUUGUGGACACAGAUGGACAGAAUGACGUGCAGAGCUGAACAUGUUUUGUACAUACCUUGCCUGGCUACCAACAUCUUAACUUCCUGAAAUUCUGGAACAGACACAUUUUUUUUACCUUCCAACCAAUUAUGUACUGCCGAGUUAUUCCAAACAGCAUUAUCACCUUGUAACUGCUGAGGUGAAUGGAUGUUAACAUUGUACAUGUAGUAGGAUUCAACUCAUGGCGUAGUAAUUUGUUUGUGAAUGUUGAUUGGUGGAAAUUGUUCGUAAUAAGGUAAUUCACAUAAAUUUGCAACACAAUUGCUCAUAAUCUUUUGUAGGCAUUUUGAGAAAACAUAUGACAAGUAUGUAGGACUCAUAACAGGAUUUUGAUGCUAAUGCCUGUAAAAAAGUGUGCCUGUGGGCAAAAAAGCACCUUUAGUGAUUGAUUUCUUUCAACCGAAACCAUUUCUGGCGGAAAAGUUCACAGGGUAUUUGAAAUUAGGACCAAUUCUUCGUGCACUUUGAGUAUGGUAUUUUUUUGUUUUGUUAAUUAACCAGUUCGCGAUGGGAUUAUUUUGACAUUAACUGGGCCCAGGUACGGGUUUGUUUUCAAGAACCUCGAUGCCAGACGGUUUGAGGCCGUCGUCUACAGGUAGCACACCCUGAUAUUUCGUGCCUCGCUCGCUGCGAGAGGGUCACUGGCAGAUGCCUCGCUCGUUGCUUGUUUAUCCGUCAUCUGUUCCGAAUACCGCAAAACCGUUGCGUGUAUACACGUCAUCCGACGUGAACUGGUUAAAUUGGUACGUUCGUUUCCGAAUACCGGUAAUUACCAAAAUUCCUAUGUGCUUUUUAAACUUGAAUUUUAAUGGUAAAUAAAUGACAGAGGCAGUUCACUUUUACAAGCCUUCAGAUGUCUCCGUAUUUAUUUUGGCCACAUUUCAAAACAGCCAUAAUUAUGACAAAUAAACACUAUACUUAGAUGUCAGUCUUUGUACAUGUACACAUUCCACUGAGGAUCACUAUGAGUUGUUAUUCUAGCAUUUAUAAUACAGUAAAAGCUUUGAAGUCUGGCAACAAUUGUCCACAGCCACUGUAAUGACAAAUAAAAUCCUACUGAAUUUGUUUUUAACUGACAAGA